AUGCAGAAUCUGACUGAAUAUCCAGACAAUGCAACGUCCCACAAAAAUCUGUCUGUGAUCAUCAAGGUGUGUGUCGUUAUCCCCUUCUUCUGCGUCUUCCUCUGCUGCGUUGUUGUCAUGCUGCACAUCUUUGCCUCUCACAGGCAGUUCCUGGACACCUCACGUUACGUCCUGUUUGCCUCCAUGCUGAUCAAUGACACCCUCCAGCUCCUGUUCUCUGUGCUCCUCUUCAUCUUCGCCAUGGGCCAGGUGAAAUUUGCUCUUGUCUACUGUAUCCCCCUGCUGUUAAUUUCCACUGUCACUUUCCAGAACACGCCGUUAAUCCUGGCCACUAUGUCACUGGAGCGUUACGUUGCCAUCUUCUAUCCCCUGCAGCGCCCGGCCGCCUGGCGCUCGGACCGCAUCUGGAUUAUUAUUCUGUCCCUGUGGCUAAUCAGCUGUGUCUUCCCUGUCACUGACCACGCCAUGGGGGGGCAUGAUCCUGCUGUGGAUGCCUUCUCUACCCCUGUGCUUUGCAAAGUUACUGUUGUCAACUCAUCUCCAAUUCAGAGGUUGUUCAACGCUGCUACAAGUAUUCUCUUCUUUGUCGUAGAGGCUGUUAUCAUCCUCUUUACGUACGUGAGAAUCCUGCUUGAAACCAGGAAGCUGAGACAGGAUAGAGCGUCUGUGAGUAAAGCCAUGCACACUGUGCUGCUUCACGGCUUUCAGCUGCUGCUGUGCAUGCUGGCCUUCACUAUCCCCAUCACUGAGACUCUCAUAGUGCUGCAUGCCAACUGGCUUCCAGAAGACGUCUCCUUUUUUAAUUACUUCUGUUUCAUCCUAAUUCCACGCUUUCUCAGUCCACUCAUCUACGGCUUUAGAGAUCAGGGUCUCAGGGGCUACAUUGGGAAAACAUUCCUCUGCUGCUCAAACAAAGUCAAACGCUGUGUCAGAGGCAGGCUGCAGGACAACUCGUCUGUUUCUUGA